GGCGAGAAGAAAGCCAAAAGUCGGUCUAAUUUUCUUAUUCGCUAAGCUAAAGUGAUUUAUAAAUACACAGCGUAUCAAUGCUUUCGUUUUGCAGAGGAGGUAGAGAGAGAAAGAGAGGCGGUAAUAGCGGCUGACGGGUACGCUUGGGCUCCGAUAUAACCUACGAUUUUCUCGUUCUGAACGGUACUAUAUCAUCUAGGGUUAGGGCUAGGGUUUUACUUUUAGAUUGGAUUUGUAGAACACUUGUUCUCUGCUUGUUUCUGGAGCCAUGGCGUCAACCAUGGUUAUCAAGGUUAAGUAUGGGGAUACACUGAGGCGUUUCAAUGCUCUAGUCGAUGAGAAAGAUCAACUGGAUCUUGACAUGAGUGGACUGCGAGCGAAAAUCUUCAGUCUUUUCAAUUUCCAUCCUGAUGCUGACAUCGCUAUGACGUACAUUGAUGAAGAUGGAGAUACAGUAACUCUUGUUGAUGAUGAUGAUCUGCGUGAUGCAAUGAGGCAGCAGUUGAAGUUCUUGAGAAUUGAUGUACAUAUGAACAAUGACAAAGCUGGCAAGUCAUAUGCCAAAUCAAGUGGAAGUUCUACUCCAUUAAGGUCUCCCAAAGGCACAUCUCCAAUCCUAAACUUCAAAACUGGCGCUGCUGAAGUUUUGAAGUCCUUGCCAGAGCCGCUUCGUGAAUUUGUUUCUAAGUUGCACCUUGAGUUGGCUUCAAAGGCUGAAUCCUCUAGUCCAGUGCUUGCAGACCUUGUUGACCUUUUUUCAAACAUGGGGAUAUCCUACUUGAUUCCAGAUUCCCAGGUUCCGGUCGGUGGAGAUUCAGCCACACAGAGUGGUUUCUCGAAGAUCCCUAUGGCUCCAUCAGCUGCCGCUAAUUUAAAUGAUGCGAAGGAUGAUGGCAAGUCAGGACCCAUCCCGAAGUCAGCAUUUGAGGAAUCAAGCUCCAAAAAAGGUCAGGCAAUGGGCGCUGUGAAUGUCACUAUGGAUGUGGGGUUGUCGGUUCCACCUUGCCAUGCUACUGUUGAUCUCAAUUCACUUCCUACUGAUUUUAAUCCAUCCGGACCCGCACCAGUGAAUUGUGCACCAGUGGGAUCAAGUCUUCACACUAGUGAUGAGAGGAAGGAGACUAAGGAGUUUAACAGUCCUUUUUAUCUUCCACAGAAAAAUUUCGAGAAGUCUCUUGGUUGUGGAGCGUCUACAAGUUCUGCUAUCCCUGUGAUUAAUGAUAUGAGCAGUAAUCAUUUCAACGAAUGUCCAUUUUCAGGGACUGCAAUUGCAAACCCGUCAGCCACUCCUGUUGCAUGUCGACGAAUUCCUUUUAAAAGGAAUCACUCUGAAGCAAUGGGUGGCAUGUUCCACACAGGAGUUCGCUGUGAUGGCUGUGGUUGUCAUCCAAUAAUUGGUCCUCGGUUCAAGUCCGUAGUGAAAGAAGAUUAUGACCUCUGCCGUAUCUGUUAUUCAAGUAUGGGUAAUGCGAGUGAUUACAUUAGAAUUGACCACCCUGUGUCGUAUCGGCAUCCACGGCCCUUCAAGGGGAUGUAUGAGCAACCUCCAUGGGUUGGUCCUCCAGUAUUGCCAAAAAUCUUGAGAGGUUGUAGUAUGAAAUCAGGCCGUCCUAAGCUUGACAGCCGCUUCGUAUUGGAUGUCAAUGUGAUGGAUGGUACCUUAAUAGCCCCAUCUACUCCAUUUACCAAAAUAUGGCGGAUGCGCAACACUGGUGGUUUGAUCUGGCCUCAAGGAACACAACUCAUGUGGAUUGGGGGAGACAGAUUUAGCAAAUCAGAUUCAGUUGAGAUAGAGAUUCCUUCUCAUGGUGUGUCUGCUGACUAUGAACUUGACGUUGCUGUUGAUUUUACUGCACCUGAGUCACCUGGUAGAUACAUCUCGUAUUGGAGGAUGGCAUCUCCAUCUGGACAAAAGUUUGGGCAACGUGUUUGGGUUCUUAUCCAGGUUGAUGCUUCCUUGAAGGAUUCAUUCUUUGGGAGCUUUCAAGGUUUAAACCUGAAUCUUCCCCCUGAGAUUUGUGGUUCUAAAGAACCUGAAAAAAUAGAUGUCAACCUUGAACCAGCUGCUGGAAAUGACUUUAUCGAGCCCUCUGGCUCCAGCUCAGUUAAGGAGCCAGUGAAGCUCAUGCCUCAUGAACAGCCAGAAAAUGACCAGGAGCUCCACUUCCCUAUAAAUGAUAACUUGCUGGUUGGCCACCGUGGUUCAGCACCUACUGAGCCGCAGAAUUCUUCAACUGUGUCGUAUCCAACUGUUGAUAUCUUUGAAUCAGCACCACCCUCCCCCAAAUCGGCACCUGUUGUCAAUGCACCAACAUCAGCUAAAGGGACCAGUUCAAAUAAUGGCGUGGAAGACACCCUCCUUAAGGAGCUUGAGGAGAUGGGGUUUAAGCAGGUCAAUUUGAACAAGGAGAUUCUGCGUAGGAAUGAGUACAACCUGGAGCAGUCUGUGGAUGACCUCUGUGACGUUGCUGACUGGGAUCCUAUCCUUGAAGAGCUGCAGGAAAUGGGCUUUUGUGAUGCGGAAAUGAACAAGAAGCUGCUUGUGAAGAACAAUGGGAGCAUCAAGCGUGUGGUUAUGGAUCUCAUCAAUGGGGAGAAGCUUUAGAUGAAAGACAACUACUACUAAUAAUAAUAAGUCUUGUUAUUAUAAAUGGUACAUAUAUAUAUAUAUCAGAAAUAAUGGACUGGCAUUUGCCAUGCGAUGUGAUGCUUUGCUUUGGACCAUGUGCACCUUUUGCUUAGUAUGUAAUUAUGUAUUUAGUAUUUAUACUGAUAUCUAAGUUAUGGAUUUGAAUUUACUAUA